UCUGCGCUCUCACUGAUUCUCACCACACCAGCAACAGCCAACACAGGAGUGGAUUUUACUGUCAGCAGACAGACAGAGCAGGAAGAGAGAACUUUGUACACAGCCUGGAUAUUCAAGACAAUGUGUUCUUUUGCAGUGUUACUUUCUAGACAGUGGAAGUGGUAAUUUCUAAGAUUAUUACUGUGAGUCCUUUUACAAGGCUGAGAGAAAGACUGGGCAAGAGAAUGCUCUCCCAACUCAGACGGAUUCUAUAUGUUUUGCAUUUGGGCUUUUUCCAAUCCAGUAUCAUCAGACUGGGCUCCUGUAAUGAUGAAAUAAAAUUCCCAAGUAGACCAGCAGCAAAGCCAAUGUCCCCCUCUGAUUUCCUGGACAAGCUGAUGGGAAGAACCUCAGGCUAUGAUGCACGCAUUAGACCCAACUUUAAAGGCCCACCAGUCAAUGUCACCUGUAACAUUUUCAUCAACAGUUUUGGAUCCAUUACAGAAACAACAAUGGACUACAGACUAAAUGUGUUUCUACGGCAACAGUGGAAUGACCCUCGUCUGGCCUAUAGUGAAUAUCCAGAUGCAUCUCUUGACCUGGACCCCUCAAUGCUGGACUCUAUAUGGAAACCUGAUCUCUUCUUUGCCAAUGAGAAGGGUGCAAACUUCCACGAAGUUACUACAGACAACAAGCUUCUACGGAUCUUCCAGAAUGGAAAUGUACUGUACAGCAUCAGGCUAACACUCAUUUUAUCCUGCCCAAUGGACUUGAAGAAUUUUCCAAUGGACAUUCAGACCUGUACUAUGCAGUUGGAAAGUUUUGGCUAUACCAUGAAUGACCUGAUUUUUGAGUGGCUUUCUGAUGGACCUGUUCAAGUGGCUGAUGAUUUGAUGCUCCCACAAUUUGUGCUGAAGGAAGAGAAAGAUCUUGGCUACUGUACCAAACAUUACAAUACAGGUAAAUUCACCUGUAUAGAGGUAAAGUUUCACUUAGAGAGACAGAUGGGCUAUUAUCUCAUCCAAAUGUACAUUCCUAGUCUGCUGAUCGUCAUACUGUCCUGGGUUUCAUUCUGGAUCAACAUGGAUGCUGCUCCGGCUAGAGUGGGGCUUGGUAUCACCACUGUUCUUACAAUGACCACCCAAAGCUCAGGAUCAAGGGCCUCUCUACCCAAGGUUUCUUAUGUGAAGGCAAUUGAUAUCUGGAUGGCUGUCUGCCUUCUGUUUGUUUUUGCUGCUUUGCUGGAGUAUGCAGCAGUCAACUUUGUUUCAAGGCAACACAAGGAAUUCAUCAGACUGCGCAAGCGGCAACGGAGGCGAAGGAUAGAAGAGGAAAUGGUCCGUGGGAGUCAAGGCUUUUAUUUCCGUGGUUAUGGACUGGGCCACUGUCUGCAGGCAAAACAUGGGACAGCUGUAGAUGGAUCCACGAUGUUUGUCUCCUCCCCUCAAAUGCAGGUUUUGUACGAUGGCGAGUCAGUCCGGAAGCGCUUCGUGGACCGGGCCAAGCGCAUUGACACUAUAUCCAGGGCUGUGUUCCCUCUCACUUUUCUCAUAUUUAAUAUAUUUUACUGGAUCACCUACAAGGUCCUACGUCAUGAAGACAUUCAUGCCAACUUGUAACCACAGUCUCCCCUUAUCCCUAUUUACUGCUAUAUAUUCUUUUAACCAAAUGGCCUGUAAAAUGUAUAUUUAAAGAGAUAUACUUACUGUAUAAAUUGUGCUAAUGAUAAAACAAUGUGCUCAGGUGGGAAUUCAAAUUUCAAGAAGAUGCCCACUCAGAAAGACCUCUGGCAUCAUGAAUGCACUAGAAAACUGGGACUGAGGGUCUCUCCUUUCUCACCUUAAGGGGUUUUUGAAUGGUGGGCAAAAAAUGGCAUUAAUUUCAAUGAGAGUAUUGCUGGUAAGGCAACAAGCACGUAUGACCUUGAGAAUUCUUUGUACGUGUUCCAGAGACAAGCGCAAGCCUUAGAGUUCACUAAUUGUGUACACCAUGACGUGUAAAAAUGACAUAGCAUUAAAUUAGUUCACUUUUUGUUACCUAUUUCUGGCUAUUCAGUGCUAUGCCAGAUGCCUCUUUAGUUAACCUUGUGAUAAGGAAACCAGAAUCUGACAAAGAAGUUAGCACAACAGUGCUGGCUAAUCCAUGGCUCAGAAAAAACAAGGCAAAACAGUUAUUUAUUAUGUCCCUGCGUCAGAUGUCUUCAGCAAGUCAAAAGUUGGUGUCUUCCUGCUCUUCAUUAGAAAUUGUAUUUAAAAUUUGUGGUUUUACCUGUUAUUGAUGUGUAUGUUUUUUUUUUGUUUUUUUGUUUUUUAACAAUAGUGCAGUCUGUGUUGGUCAAGCACUAUCUUGCUAGUGUGUGGCUUUGUUUUCACUGUAACCAUAGUGAUGAUGCAACAGAAGCAAGCCAUUUUAUCGUCUGCUCUCUGAAAAGCCAUGCUGAGUAGAACGGUUCUGCCCCUCCAUAUGGGAAACACAGAGAGGCAUACAAAGUUGGGAGAAGUUUGUCGCCUUCUGUCUAAAAAGCCAUUUACUUUGAGUGGAACAGAUAGCUAGUGUGGUUCAUUUGCCUCAUUACAUUAGUUGCAUUAAAGAUUUUUUUUUUUUCUGGGUGGAAACUAUUGACUUGAAUUUUAUUAAGGCAUUUGAUUGAAUGAUGUAAACCUCAAAAAUAAUGUCUUUUUUUACAACUUACAAAUUUGGGGCUAUAAGCAGUAAUAAUAGAAUUUACUAUUAAAUGGACUUGGGGCUGACACUGCAUAUUGUUUUACAAAUUAAUAUGAAUGUGUAUUACCAUGUAAAUUGUACAGUUACUC